AUGCACCAGCUGUGGGGAUACCUGCGAGGCAAGCACGGCUUCGUCAACUUGGUCCUCACAAAGUCCAAAUCAAAGGGCAUGGACAUGGGCCACUUUGUCUCGCAGUUGUACACCGCCCAGAAGAAGGGCCUGCAGUAUGACCUCCUCCUGAAGAUCCACACCGACAGCCACCCUGACCUCCGCAAGCUGACCAUGGAGGCGCUGUGUGGGACGAAGUUCCAAGUUCGCAGUGCGCUUCACAACUUCGAGAUCCAUGGCAAGCUCAAUCUCAUUGCUCCGGCUGGCACCACCAUGACUCGCCGCACAAAGAUCUCCAACUUGGCGCCGGUCCUUGCUGAACGCCUCUUCGGAGACCGCGAAGAAGUUGGCGGAUCCCCGAUGUAUUCGACCAAGCAGGCGGCCAAGCUUCUGCUCUCAGAGAUGGGCACCAAGAUCGACAUCUCCGAGGACCAGCUCACGAGCAUCGGCGGCAACAUGUACUGGUCUCGCUUCAACUCUCCGCCAUUCCAGAGCCUGGCGAAGUACGCGCCCACGAUUUGGCCGAAGCUGGAGGGCAUCGAGACCGAGCUGGGAAACUUCGCCGUCUCUGCCAUCCGGGGUGCGGGCUUCUACGUCGGAGAGCUGCCCAUGGCACCCAAGGUCAUGGCCAUCUACUUCCCGCAGUACCACCAGUUCCCUGAGAACGACGAGUUCCAUGGUGAGGGCUUCACCGAAUGGACACACCUGAAGCCUUUCGUGGAUGAGGCCAACGAGCUGCGCAAGCCGCUGUCCGCGGAGAUGGGCGGUUUGGACUACUACGACCUUACUGACAGAAAGGUCCGCAAGCAUCAGGCGGACCUUGCAAAGCAGUACGGCGUCCACGGCUUCAUGUUCUACCACUACUGGUUCAGCGGCCAGGGCGUCAAGAACAGCAGCGUGAUGUGGAAGAUUCCGCACCUUAUGCUUCAGGAUGGCCAGCCGGACGUGCCCUUCUUCUUCUCCUGGGCUAACAGGCGAUGGGAGCGUGGCUACGGUGAGCACGCCACGGGAGAGGUGCUCAUUGACCAAGACUACAGCAAUGAGACUGGAUGGCGCGAGCACUUCGAGUACCUUCUGCCAUACUUCCAGCACCGCCUCUACAAGAAGGUCGACAACAAGCCCAUCUUCGCCAUCUACUUCCCUCAGGAGAUUGGCGACAAAUUGGGGCCGAUGAUGAACAACUGGCACCAGCUCGCCAAGCAGAAUGGCUUCAACGGCAUCUACUUCCUCCGCACGGUGAGUGGGGCUGGUGGCCCGCAGUUCAUGCCCACCCUUUUCGACGCCAGCUUCCACUUCAUGGCUGUUUGCGAGCGCUGCGGUCGCCCUGCGUCCGGGGAAGACAAGGACUUUGUGACCACGUGGCCGCAGUAUUGGGGCGCCACGACUGGCUUCGACAACCGGGUUCGUGGCUGCAGCCAGCGCUAUCGGGCCAGCCCUGAGGAGUUCAAGGUGGCACUGCAACAGUCUUUCAGCAACAUGAGCCACCAUCCCGCUCGCCGCAUCAAUGAGAACCUCUACUUUGUCGCCGCCUGGAACGAGUGGAAUGAGCAGGGCGUCCUGGAGCCAGAUGCCAUCCACGCGUUUGCAUACCUGCAGGCUCUGCAGCACGCUGCCGAGACCAUCGGAGCGGCCGACCCGACAGCGGAGGACCUCCUGACCUCGAUGGCGCCAGUCAAGAAGCGCCGCGCUGCGACAUCGUUGCUGGAAGUGAAGAGCAUCGAGGUGAGGCCAGAUCUCGCCUGGGGCCACGGCUCCGGACCGAAGAAGUGGGAUGAGACGCGCCGGGACCGCAAAGUGGACCCCAAGGCAGACCCCGAGCCGAAGGCCUGCAAAAACCGCCCUUCCUGCGCAAGCCACUGCCAACGGCUCGCAAUCGUCUAA